AUGGAACAAAAUCUCGCUAAUCGAAAUUUUUGCCAACGACGAUAUGUUCGCUUGGGUAUUUUAGUGACGAUAGUUUGUGUACUAGUUAUCUUAGGAUUAGUGAUUGGCUUUAGUAUUGUACCACAUAAUUCUAUAAAUGAUGACAGUGGAAUAAUAAAUAAUCAAACAACAAGAGAUAAUAAUUUCUAUCAUUCAUCUACCGCCAUAUCAACAACUGUUCUCUCUAGAAAAGUUAUUUCUAAUAUUAAAGAAACGGAAACAUUACCACAAAAUCAAUCGAUUUUAGAGUCGUCGUGUUUAAAUAUACAACGAGACGAAUUUCCUGUAAUAAUCAUUGAAAAUGGAGAGUUAUUAGUAUGCGGAGGUCGUGUUUCAUAUGGCGGUCGAACUCCAGAAGGUCCAUUUUGUGAAAUCUAUUCUUCAUUAAAUCGGGAAUGGCGAAAAUUUCCUGAUAUGAAUGUAGGACGACGUGGUUUAACACUGACGUUACUUUCGGAUAAUAGAAGUGUUUUAGCUAUUGGUAGUGGGAAUAAAUAUGAUGCAUAUACAGCAGAAAUAUAUGAUAGAGAUAUGAAUAAAUGGUUCUUUGUACCGAAUAUCAUGAACGUAGGUCGCAUGGACCAUACGGCAACACUUAUGCAAAAUGGUCAAGUAUUGAUUGUUGGUGGAGUGGCACCAGACGCAUACUCAUUCCUUUCCAGUACUGAACUUUAUAUUCCAUCAUCGAAUACAUUUGUUAAGAAAGGUAAUUUAAAAACAGUUCGAUAUAAACAUACAGCGAUAUUAUUGACUGAUGGACUCUCAGUAUUAGUUAUCGGUGGCCCAGUACUACGGCCAGAGAUUUACAAAGCAGGAGCUUGGCACUACACCCUACACGACAUGAUUACGCGACGCCAGGAUUGUGCAGCUGUAUUACUUUUUAAUGGAAAUAUAUUAAUAGCAGGUGGUAUCGAUUCAAAAUUCAACACAUUGUCAUCCGUUGAGAUAUUUCAACCUGAUACUGAAACAUUCUUACCCGUUCAACGAAUGGCAUGUGCUCGUUCUGAUUUUACACUUACACGCUUACCAACAGGUCAGGUAUUAGCAGUUGGAGGUCAAAACUAUUUAGAUGACGAAUGCUUACGUGUCACCGAACUCUAUGAUCCAAUAACUAAUCAAUGGCAAAGUACUCGGCAAUUGAAUAAAGCUCGUUAUGAUCAUAAAGCCGUUCUUAUCAAUAAUAGUGUGUUGAUUUUAGGUGGUGAGACAACCGACAAUAACUAUGAAUUUACUUGUGAAAGAUAUGAUCUAUAA